CCAAUCUCGCAGCCCCAUAGCCCCAACCCAAUAGACCCAACCACCCCUUUCGUUCUACACAGGCCGUGUGACCCACCACAGUUAGCUAACACAGUCGUCCACUUCAGCAACAGACGACAGGCAUCGUACAAGUAGACGACGAAUACGGCUACAAACGCCUUAGCGCGAACGGGACGAUUCCCGCUACACGAGUCAGUGAUGGCGCCAGACCACCCACCGCCAUCCCCACUAGGCGCGACUCACUUGACCUCUCUCUCGUCUGAACGUCAAAGAUAGUCUAUUCUCUAGUGGUAGCUGGCGGGUCGAUUGGUUGCGUACCACUCGAACAAUCCCACGCGGAAAUCCGAUUCUUAUCUUGUCUCGCCUGCGACGCCCGGCUCGAAAUUGAAUCGCUACCUACUCGACUAUCCACGGCGUUCCUCCUCGAUAGCAUCCAGCCCGGUAGCACCUAGCAGGCUAGCAGCAGUCUCUAUAACCCCGACAUCAUGAGCUCGUAGAACUACGAGAGAUAUCAAUCGUAAUCAACACGGAUUUGGCUUUUGCACGGCCACCCGUCUCCAGCUCGAGACCCAUCUGCUCUUACCGCGCUCGCUUGCUAGUAAUAGCUACGGAUCGGACGACCGGCGUCGAAUCCACUAUUGGACGGGCCGCGUCGUCCAAUAGAUCGGACGACACGGUCGCGAAUAGAGCGCUAGUAGAAUUAGUGCUAGUACUAAUCCGCGAAUCGAGCGACGGCGAUUCCCGGCUGACGUCCACUCGAGCCGCAGCGACUCGGAUUCCCAACUGCCUCAGAGUAAGAGCGGCCAGCAUGGCUUCCCGGGAGCGCGGCAUUCCCGCGGCACGACGCGGCGUCGUCCCUCGGUGGGCGAUCGAGCUGUUUGCGGUGCUGCUCGUGUGCGCGGCGAUUACUGGAAGCGCGCAGGCCUUCUCACAAAGCUCCAGGGACUUCGAGCGCUACGCCAUGCGCUCAUCCCAGAUAGGACGUACCAGCGCCGCCGCCAGCCCAAGAGUGAAGUGGCGUCGCCUGCAGGUCUUCCAGUGCCCCAACAACCAGACCGUCUGCGGAUCACUGUGCGUGGACCAGGCGACGGACAUCAACAACUGCGGGGCGUGCGGCAGCUUCUGCGACGUGUCGCUAGCUUGCUGCGGCGGCAGCUGCGCGAAUCUCGACUCCAGCAACGACCACUGCGGCGCAUGCGGGGCGCGCUGCCCUGGCCAAUGCACCCUCGGCAUCUGCAACUACGGCGCUGCUGCUGGCGGCGGUGGUGGCGGUGGAAGACGUCCUUCCUUGGGCAGGGUGCCCUUUUGUAUCUGCGACUAUGGGGCUGCAACCAACGGUACUGCUGGCGGUGGCGGUUAAAGGAAUAGAAGGUCCUGUGUGAUGUCAACGGCGCAAGGAUGCCCCGGUCAGUGCUCCUUUGGCAUCUCUAACUACGGCGCUGCUGCUGUGGCAGCAGCUGUGCUUCUUUAUUGAUACACUGCUUUCAAGGAAACGGUCGGUUGCGGGUGAGGAACGACGCGUUCCUGCCUUUCAUUCCCCACUCUGCUUGGCAGAGUUCAAAAUAAACGUAUCAGGGGGGCUGGCGAGCUGCAUUGAACGUACACUACAC